AUGUCCACCAUUACACAAAAUAAGCCUGGCUCCACCAGGUCGCCGCCAUUGAUUCCAAAGGCCGGCCUUCAGACGCAGGUUGUCUACACCGAUGCUGAGGGAGGCAGCGCAGCCGCUGUUCUUCCAACACCAAUCAUACCUCCUGCGGGUCAAGAUAAGACUACAACAAAUAUGCCGGUGGGCACAGUAUUGGUCUUGAUCACUUACACAAAGGGUAUCACCGGAACCAACAUGUAUGCAUAUGCUCUCGAUAACCCAUCUAUUGUCUCCACCAUCAAGCCCCCGCAGACGACAUCGACAGUCGAAGAUACUUCGCAAGCUUCCACGGUUCGAACCGUGACGAGUAGUACCUCAGCAUCAACGGUUCGAACCGCGACGAGUAGUACCUCAGCACCAUCUCCCUCUCCCACGAAACCAACCAACGCGCAAGAUGGCAAAGGGCUCAGCUCUGGAGCGGCUGCAGGCAUUGGAGUUGGGGCUGCGAUGGGCGGGAUCCUGCUGGCCUCUCUCGUGUUCUUUUUUUGUUCUCGAAGAUCAAGGAAACGGGAACCACGUUACAACCCCGAGGCUCCGCGGAAACAGUUACCAUCCUACGGAGAGAACAAGACCAGUGGCGUGCCACAAGUCACAGCGAUAGACAUGAGGAAUUCGUCGGUUGAGACACACCCUCCGCAACCGGUGGCAGACGACAGCAUCUCCAAUGAAAUGUCGACGCUCAAGAGCAUGAUCGACAGCCAUGUCGUGAGCUAUUACCGCACGUCCGAAAUCGAUUCGGAUGCAAUCGACGAACCGACUCUUGCCGGCUUGAUGGAGACGUCCCGAAUCUCGGCCUCGCAGAUGGUGUCCGCAAUCGCGAGCCCACAAAUACGCACCCCGGCGCUACGCUAUCUGAUAGCAUCGGCCAUCUUUUCACGAAUCGGCCCCAAAAGCCAGGCAAGCUCGAGCUUUCUGCCGCCGGAAGUAGCCAGCUGCCUUGAAUCCAUGACGGGGAUGCAGGAUGAUGAACACGCACGGACGGCACUACUCAGCAAGUGGCGGGCCAUAACCGCGAGCAUGCUCCAACAGACAUACGGCUCAAAAGUCGUGACUGAAAGUGACCCGAGAUGGCACAACAUAGGCCGUGUACUUGAUGAACUGGACUCUGUUUUGGUACGCCUGAGAGCGAGAAGAGACGAGAAUGCGAACCGGCGCCAGAAUCUCGAGGAAAUUCUCAAACGCGCGACGGGCUUCGCCUUCCUCUUGUUUUCGCACCCGAGCUCCUGGGAAUUUGAAUGGCAAACCGGCCCUGGCCAUGAACCCGGCUCUGUCGUCAUCUUUCCAGCCUUGCUUCAAGUUACGGACGAGAAUGGGGAGAAGCUCGGCUCCCCGCGGCCCUUUGAGGAGGUGGAGACUGCAAUACUGAUCACUUAG